UCUCUCUCCAGUCGUAAUUGUAAUCACCUCCCCUCGAAUACUGCAACCCAACACCCCAAUUGCAGCAGCUAUGUCGCAAGCAACCUCAAGGCUUUUGUGGAAGUCCAUUUCCUCCACAUCAGCGACGCAAUGCCGCAGAUGCAUCUCCCAAGCAGCGAUCCCUAAGCAGACCCGGCCGACUGCCGCGCCGAAUGCGUUCCAGACGAGACCCUCUCCGGCGCAGAGGAGGACGAAGACAUACAAGACUGUGGAGGAGGCAAAGAGCAGAUAUCGAUCAGGGCCUUUCUCGUGGAAGGCCGGUCUUCUGUUCGUCGGCACAGGUGCUGGCUUGACAUGGUACUUUGAACACGAGAAGCAGCGCAUGGAGCGCAAGCGCAUCGCGGAUGCGACCAAGGGCAUUGGACGGCCCAAGGUCGGAGGGCCGUUUGAGUUGACCGACCAGAACGGAAACAAGUUCACGAGCGAGGACAUGAAGGGCCGCUACGCAUUGGUCUACUUUGGCUUCACGCACUGCCCCGACAUCUGCCCCGACGAGCUCGACAAGAUGGCCCAGAUGUACGACCUCGUUGAGCAGAAGCGACCCGGCUCGGUGCUCCCCAUCUUCAUCACGUGUGACCCGGAGCGCGACACCCCGGCGGUGGUCAAGGAGUACCUCGCCGAGUUCCACCCCAAGUUCAUCGGGCUGACGGGUACCUACGACGAGAUCAAGGACAUGUGCAAGCUGUACCGCGUCUACUUCAGCACGCCGCAGCAUGUCAAGCCCGGCCAGGAUUACCUGGUAGACCACAGCAUAUACUUUUACCUGAUGGACCCCGAGGGCGACUUCGUUGAAGCCCUGGGACGCCAGCACUCGCCAUCGGCGGCGGCCAAGGUCAUCCUGGACCACAUGAACGACUGGGAGGGCAGCUGGAAGAAGAACUAAGGGCGGGCCGACGACGAAGGAUUGAAGAAAAAGGGGGACAGGGAGGCCAUGUCGAAUUGUGUAAUAUGUACCACCAGCUGUUCAUGCGAUAGACCUUUGAGCAAUGGGCUCCGAGACCACUCAAUCACGUUGUAAUAUCAUUGUACACAUACGGACCGUUUUACGGACCUUGUAGCCGGUAUCUAUAUGUUCCACGGCCGAAGUGUUCACUGGGAGGAUGCUCUGAAUCAAG